AAAAAAGUUACGUAGUUAAAGAUGGUAAAAGUAUGAUUUAAAAAGUAACUUUUCAUUUAUAAAUGUUACUGCUUUAUUUUAAAGUAUUGCUUGUUUUUUAAAGAAUAAAAGACAGAGACAAUAAAAAACUUUUUAGUUAAAGACAGUAAAGGUAUGUAUUAAAAACUUACCUAAUCAUUUAUAAUUGUUAGCAUUUUAUUUUAAUUUGUUUUUAUUUAUUUUAAUGUUUUAGAGAUAGUAAAUACAAGGAAAAGCUACAUAGUUGAUGAUACAGAAGGGAUGUAUUAUUCAGUGGCGCAUGAGGGAAAUAAAGAUUUUUAUGUAACCUUAUUUAUAUAAUUAAUUUAAACAUUAUCCCAUCUGGUGAAAAAAUAGGUGUAGAGUUUUAAAACAUGUAAUCUUCAAUAAAUUUAAUAGUCGUUAUUUUAUUAGAUGAAAGACUCAUGCUUAAAUUUUGAUGAAAUUAUCCUUAAAUUGCAUUUCCUAAAUAGGUCACAAAAUCAUAAAAUGUAUCCAUAUUAAAAACCCUGUAAAAGUCAUUUUGGGUAUAUAUCCAGAUUUAGGUGGCUGGAAGGUAUACGAUUAUUCGUUACAAGACACUUUAAACAAAUGUCUCAGUGACGAAGUUGUUUAUAUUUAUCUCAAACUAUUAGUAAACAGUAAAGAAAAAGUAUGAUUAGUUAAUGUACUUCAUAAUAAAAUUUUUGUACAAAAAAACAAUAUUGCAUUUUUUUUUUAAAUUUGUCUUCAUUUAAAUAAAAUUGUAAUUCUAAAUAUAAAACUAUAUAAUGAAUGCUAUUCCAUUUAUUGAUGCUUUGAAGAAUCGAAUCGAAGUACUGUUGCCAGCUGGGCUACUCUCACUGGAUGAAUUGAUAAUUAAAACUGAUUUAAUACGAAAACGGCAUAAGAUAAUCAAACCAGGUAAUAAAACAAUUCACUCUAUGGAUCCUAUGGGAGAACAGAUAAAUUCCAUCAAAAAAGAAGAAGUGAAAUGGAAUAGUUGUUACUUACAACAAAGAUAUGGUGUUUCAGAAAAGCUUGAAAUAUUUACAUUACUACAUGCUAUUAUACAAGCUGAUGGUAUAUCAUGUGGAGUAUUCUGCCUCAAGAUAACUUUAAGACUCCUAACUUUUGCUGAAAAUUAUAUAAAUGGAGAAGUAUUGGUGCGUGUCUUUCCACUUAAAGAAGUUAAUGCAUACAGAAAAAGAGAAAAAGAAGGUUUGUGA